AUGGCUGACGAAAUCGCAAGAGUCCAGCAGUAUGAGUACAGACAGAACAGCAACCUCGUACUUCAAGUGGAUUUCAAUUUUACUGACAGACGCGGAAGAGAUGAGCCCACAGGCGAGGUUAUGCCGUUGACUAAAGCUAUACUUUCUGGUGUGAAGAUGGGCGAUAAAUAUCAGCGGGCAAAAGCUCAAUUGCCUGACCAGAAAAAAGUAAAAAGGUAUCUUUUUCGUUGCUUCAGAAAAAAGAAAAUGGAGUCUGAAAUUGCAAGACCUACUACCGCUUCAAAUACACUUCUUGGUGAUUCAAGUUCUGAAUUAAUGGGAGUUUAUAAACCACGUACACAAGAGACAAAACUAACCUAUGAAGCAAUUCUUGCCUAUAUUCAGGAUGCACUUGGAGACCAGCCUUGUGAGAUUUUGUGUGGGGCAGCUGACGAGGUACUUGCCGCUCUUAAAUCUGACAAAAUACGAGAAAAAGAAAGAAAGAAGGAAGUUGAAAUGCUUCUUGGCUCAUUAACUGAUGAAAGAUUCGCUGUUCUUAUGAAUUUGGCGAAAAAAAUCACUGAUUUCACAAUUGAGGAUGAUAAAACCAAAUAUGAUAAUCAAGAUGAAAUAGAUGAUGUUAUUGGCGUAAAUGUGCAAUUUGAUGAUUCUGAUGAAGAGGGAGAAGGUGAAGAGGGGAUGGAAGAUGAAGUUAAAGAAGAAGCAUCAGACGGUGAAGAAGGUGGUGUCGAAGCGGUUUACGAAGAAACGCUCCGCGCUGGCUUGUUAGAAGAUGAGGAGAGUGGGAAUAGUGCGAGGAAAGGUACUUUGCGAGCACGAGACAUCGAUGCGCAUUGGAUUCAAAGGUCACUCUCCAAGUUCUACAAUGACCCCAUAGUCGCGCAACAGAAAGUGAAUGAAGUCUUACACAUUCUCAAGGAUGCUGCUGACGAUCGUGACUGUGAAAACCAAUUGGUUCUUUUACUUGGAUUUGAUCAGUUCGAAUUUAUUAAAGUUCUAAGACAGCAUCGGCAGCUAGUUUUGUACUGUACGCUGCUAAAACAAGCUCAGGAAGGUAAGGAGCGGGAAAAUAUAGAGAGGGAAAUGCUUGCUCGGCCGGAACUUCAUUCGAUUCUUGCUGAAUUACAGGAAGCACCUGACAGCGCUGAUAUCGUUGAGUCGGAAAGAGAGAAGCGAGCACGUGCUCAGCAGCAGCGCCGCACUGCUGAGGCACAAGGUGCAGGUGACGAAACAACUUCAGCUGGUAACUGGCUUCAGUCACGAAAAGUUUUGGAUCUUAAUGAACUUGCUUUUUCCCAAGGUUCCCAUUUUAUGGGCAAUAAGGCAAGAGUUAUUGUUACUUCUUUGCGGUGCCAUUUACCCGAUGGGUCUUACAGAAAACAGAAGAGGAACUUUGAGGAGGUCUAUGUUCCUGCUUUAAAACCUAAACCUUUCGAAGAGAACGAGAAACUUAUUCCUGUUGGAGACUUACCUAGAUUCGCACAGCCUGCGUUUGCUGGUAUGAAAACUCUCAAUCGUAUCCAGUCUCGUUUGUGUGAAACCGCCUUAAAAUCGGACGAACAUCUUUUGCUGUGUGCUCCUACGGGUGCCGGCAAGACGAACGUUGCGCUUUUGUGUAUUUUGAGGGAAAUUUCAAAGCAUAUGAACGAUGACGGUAGCGUAAGAUUGGAUGAGUUCAAAUGCGUUUAUAUUGCUCCUAUGAAAUCCUUAGUACAAGAAAUGGUUGGCAGUUUCGCAAAAAAGCUUGAACCAUACAGGAUUACGGUUGGUGAGAUGACUGGUGAUCAGCAGAUGAACAAAGAGCAAUUUAUGCAAACCCAGGUUAUAGUCUGUACCCCCGAAAAGUAUGAUAUAGUGACCAGAAAAGGUGGAGAGCGUGCUUACAAUCAGUUGGUUGGACUUCUAAUUAUUGAUGAAAUUCAUCUUUUGCAUGACAGUCGAGGCCCAGUUUUAGAGGCUAUAGUAGUUAGGCAAGUUGCACGAUUUUUACCAUUCAAAUGUCGCUUGGUUGGAUUGUCAGCAACGCUUCCGAAUUAUCAGGAUGUUGGGGCAUUCUUACGAGUCAAACCGAAGAACUUGUUUUACUUUGACAACAGUUAUCGACCAGUACCUUUAGAACAGCAGUAUAUUGGCAUUACGGAGAAAAAGGCUUUGAAAAGAUUUCAGACAAUGAAUGAGGUUGUGUACGAAAAGGUCAUGGAACACGCUGGAAAAAGCCAGGUACUAAUAUUUGUUCACUCACGCAAAGAGACUGCUAAAACUGCAAAGGCCAUUCGUGACGCAUGUUUAGAAAAAGAUACCCUGAGUGCUUUCAUGAAGGAAGGUAGCGCAAGCACGGAAAUAUUGAGGAGCGAGGCAUCGCAAGUUGCAAAUACUGAUUUGAAGGAUUUGAUGCCUUAUGGCUUUGCUAUUCAUCAUGCUGGUAUGAAUCGUGUUGAUCGUACACUCGUUGAAGAUUUGUUUGCCGAUCGCCAUUUACAAGUGCUUGUUUCCACCGCCACUCUUGCAUGGGGCGUCAAUCUGCCAGCUCAUACUGUCAUAAUCAAAGGAACUCAAGUAUACAAUCCAGAACUGGGUCAAUGGACUGAGUUAGGCGCUUUGGAUGUUAUGCAGAUGCUUGGACGUGCUGGGCGGCCCCAAUACGAUUCUAAGGGGAAGGGGAUUUUAAUUACUCAUCACUCAGAGUUACAGUAUUACCUCUCUCUUAUGAACCAACAGCUUCCCGUCGAAAGCCAAAUGAUUGCGAAACUGCCUGAUAUGCUUAAUGCUGAGAUUGUUUUGGGAACGAUUAAUAAUGUUAGUGAUGCAAUGAAUUGGUUGGGGUAUACUUACUUGUAUGUCCGGAUGAUCAAAUCUCCCAGCCUUUAUGGGAUCUCGCAAGAGAAAGCGAAGUCGGAUCCAUUGUUAGAACACCGCAGAGCUGAUCUUAUUCACACUGCUGCCAUGCAAUUAGAUAAAGGGAAUUUGAUCAAGUAUGAAAGGAAAACUGGCCUGAUACAGGCUACAGAGCUUGGUCGUAUUGCUUCUCAUUUUUACUGUACUUAUGAGACGAUGCAAACUUACAAUUCCCUCUUAAAAAAUACAGCUAGCGAAAUUGAUCUGUUUCGCAUCUUUUCAAUGUCUUCUGAAUUCAAGCAAAUUAUGGUUCGGGAAGAAGAAAAACUAGAGUUACAGAAGUUGGCUGAACAUGUUCCCAUUCCCAUCAAAGAAAGCCUAGAAGAAAGCUCGGCGAAAGUAAAUGUGCUUUUGCAGGCAUACAUUUCCCAGCUAAAACUGGAAGGCUUUGCAUUACAAAGUGACAUGGUUUUCAUUAGUCAAUCGGCGGGCCGCCUCUUUCGUGCACUGUUUGAAAUCGUACUGUGGAGGGGUUGGGCUCAUUUGGCACAAAAGGUGCUCAAAGUAUGUAAAAUGGUUAAUGCUCGCCAGUGGCAGUCAUUGAGCCCUCUACACCAGUUUAAGAAAUUACCGUCCGAGAUUGUAAGGAUCAUUGAUAAGAAAAAUUUUCCUUUCGAAAGGUUGUAUGACUUGGACCAGCACCAGUUAGGGGAGCUAGUAAAAAUGCCGAAAAUGGGAAAACCACUUUAUAAAUUUAUACGUCAGCUGCCCAAGCUGGAACUCACUACUCUCAUUCAACCAAUAACUAGAACUACUCUGCGUAUUGAAUUAACAAUAACCCCUGAUUUUCAGUGGGACGAACGAGUACACGGAAGCGCUGAAGGUUUUUGGAUUUUCAUCGAGGAUGUAGACGGAGAGUUGAUUUUGCACCAUGAGUAUUUUCUGCUUAAGCAGAAGUUUUGUGAAGAUGAACAUUUGGUUAAGAUGUUUGUGCCAGUAUUUGAUCCAUUGCCACCUCUGUAUUUCAUCAGAGUUGUGUCUGACCGUUGGCUAGGGAGUGAAACUGUUCUGCCAAUUUCAUUCCGGCAUCUUAUUCUUCCCGAAAAGUACCCUCCGCCCACAGAACUUUUGGAUUUACAGCCGCUACCACUUUCAGCCCUAAAUAACAAGCAGUUCCAGUCGGUAUUCGAAAUGAAAAAAAUCAAAGAGUUUAACGCAAUCCAGACUCAAGUUUUCCGUACUGUUUAUGAGAGCAGCGAUAAUGUUUUUAUUGGUGCACCGCAGGGGAGUGGUAAAACCGUUUGUGCAGAAUUUGCUAUACUUCGUUACUUUGAUAAUAAUCCUGACGGUAAAACAGUUUAUGUCACUCCUAUGGAGGAUUUGGCUAAUAAGGUUUAUGAAGAUUGGAAGACAAGGAUUGGAGAAGUUCUUAACAAAACGGUUGUAAUACUGACUGGAGAGCCGUCUACUGAUUUGAAAUUAUUACAACGAGGGAAAUUAAUUGUUGCAACUCCUGAAAAAUGGGAUAACAUAAGCAGACGAUGGAAACAACGCAAAAACGUUCAAGCAGUGAAGCUGCUUAUUGUGGAUGAUUUGCACAUGAUCGGAGGAAGCAGUGGGCCGGUGCUAGAAGUGAUAUGUUCGCGUAUGCGUUACAUGUCCUCUCAACUUGACUCACCUGUUCGAAUUGUUGCCUUAUCCUCAUCGCUAACAAAUGCUCGCGACAUCGGGCAGUGGUUAGGAUGUCAUUCUCAAGCGACUUUCAAUUUUGCGCCUAAUUGUCGGCCACUGCCAUUGGAGCUCUUCAUACAGGGUUUCAAUUUAUCACAUACUGCUUCACGUCUGGCUGCAAUGGUGAGACCUGUGUACGCAGCAGUAUUACGCCAUGGCGGUAAACUCACACCUCGACCAGCGCUUAUUUUUGUUCCCAGUAGGAGGCAGUCGCGAUCGACUGCAGUGGAUAUGCUAACGAUGGCACACGCAGAUAGCCAGCCGAAGCGUUUUCUUCAUAUCAAUCCUGAAGAACCAACUUUCGUCAAAUUACUGGAUGCCGUACAAGACCAGACGUUAAAAGAAACUUUGGCUUGCGGUGUGGGAUUUUUGCAUGAAGGUAUUUCUCGAAAGGACAUGAUUAUAGUGGAACAGCUUUUUGAGAGCGGCGCAGUUCAGGUUUGCAUCGCCCCCCGUUCGAUGUGUUAUCAAAUUUCAAUUUCUGCUUAUGUUGUGAUAAUCAUGGAUACUCAAUAUUAUAACGGCAAAUACCACGUUUAUGAAGACUAUCCGAUUGGCGAUGUUCUUCAUAUGGUUGGUCUGGCUAACCGUCCCACCGUCGAUGAUGAUGCGAAGUGCGUACUGUUGUGCCAGUCGUCGAAAAAAGAUUUCUUCAAGAAGUUUUUGUACGAGCCACUACCGGUUGAGUCUCAUUUGGACCAUUGCUUGCAUGACCACUUCAAUGCCGAAAUUGUGACGAAAACGAUAGAAAAUAAACAGGAUGCAAUUGAUUAUCUUACGUGGACUUUGCUAUAUCGCCGUAUGACGCAGAACCCAAACUACUAUAAUUUACAAGGGGUUACCCACAGGCAUCUCUCCGAUAGCCUUUCGGAACUGGUUGAAAACACAUUAAAAGAUUUAGAGGAGUCUAAAUGUAUCGCCAUCAAAAACGACAUGGACACGUACCCAAUGAACCUUGGCAUGAUAGCUGCUUAUUACUACAUUUCUUACACCACCAUUGAGGUAUUCAGUAUGUCGCUAGAAGCAAAAACGAAGCUCCGAGCACUUAUUGAAAUCAUUAGCAAUGCUACUGAGUUUGAGAACAUGCCUAUCCGUUAUAAAGAGGAUACGAUUUUGAAGCAACUUGCAGAACGCUUACCAAACAUUAAGGAGCUACAAAAGCACCCGAAAUUUACCAGCCCGCACUUUAAGGUCAAUUUAUUAAUGCAUGCGCAUCUUUCGCGAAUACAGUUGUCUGCGGAGCUCAAUAAGGAUACCGAAGUAGUAGUUCUUAAAGCAAUUCGACUGGUCCAGGCAUGUGUGGAUGUUCUUAGCAGCAGCGGAUGGCUCUCACCUGCUAUACACGCUAUGGAGCUGUCGCAGAUGUUAACACAGGCGAUGUACACAAGCGAGUCUUACAUGAAGCAGCUCCCGCAUUGCACUCCGGCACUGUUAGAAAGGUGUAAAGAAAAGAAUGUCUCUUCUAUUUUUGACCUCUUGGAUUUGGAGGAUGAUGUCAGGGCAGAUAUUUUACAAAUGAACCCUCCCGAAAUGCUGAAUGUCGCAACAUUCUGCAACAACUACCCAAGCAUAGAAGUGGAUUAUUCCAUAAACAACGAGGGCACCAUUACAGUUGGUGACACCGUUAGCGUCACUGUAAAGAUGGAACGGGAGAAUGACGAAGACGGCAUGGCUCCUCCAGUAUUUGCUCCUCUCUUCCCUCAGAAGCGGAAAGAGGAAGGUUGGUGGCUAGUCAUCGGGGACCCAACGACGAAUACUUUAUAUUCCAUAAAGAGGCUUACGGUGCAGCAGGAAGCGAAGAUGACGUUGGACUUCACCGCUGCACAGGCUGGCAAAAUGCAUUAUAAACUGUACUUCAUAUGCGAUUCCUACUUGGGUGCCGAUCAGGAAUUUGAUUUGAAAUUCCGUGUUGAAGAGCAUGGAAGGAGCAGGAAAAGACCAAGGGAUGACGACUGA